AUGCAGUUUCGUUCAAUGAUUCCACUCUUCACCUUAGUAUGCUUAAUUAUUACAGCUUUUAUCAUCAAUCUAACUGAAAGUGGAACUAUUAUUGAUAAAUUACAUACAACUAAUUCGUUGACUCAAGGUGUAAGACGCACAACAUUGACUACAACACGUCAACGACAUAGACGAGAAUAUUAUAAUAAUGAUAACAAACCGAAUGACGAUGGUGAUAGCGAAUCUGACGAGGACGACGAGGAUAAUGAUGAUGACGAUGACGAUGACGAUGAAAUCUAUGCCAUGAAUAAUAAUAAUGAACACCUAAAUCAACAAAAUGAUGAACAAAGUAGCAAUUCAAUGGGUGGUAAUCAAAAUUAA